GCAGCAUGCUAGCUGCUAGCAGAGUCAGCAGAUUAUCAGGAGGAGGAAAGGGACAGCUGGCUGUGAACUGAUGUCCUCACUGUGUUUCUGAAGACUUCCUUUAGUGAGAAGCAGAUUAACUUUGUGCUUGUUGGAGUUUCUACAGGAAGAUGAAGAUGUUUGUGGUGUUUGUGAUCCUCGUGCACGUUUCCCAGCAUGCCUCAGCUGUGGAGCUGUAUGAGGGGGAGGAGUUUGUCCUGCUGCCCUGUGAGUUUCAAACAUUUGAGAUAGACGACCCCUCAGUGGUGUGGAGCCGCUACGAUCUCGAUCCUCCAACCGUCCACCAGCGUCAGCAGGAAGGUGAUGAACUUAAAAACCAAAACCAGCUUUACAGCGGCCGAACAUCCAUGAUGACUGACGCUCUGGAAACUGGAGACCUCAGCCUCAAGCUGACAAAACUCCAGCUCUCUGACAGCGGCAGCUACACCUGCACCGUGGUUAUGAUCAUCAUGGAUGGUUAGGACGACAACGGAGAGUGAGAGAGAUACAGCUGCAGU